AGUUAAAUCACAAAGGUUAUAUCUUUAAUCAUAAAUUUUUAAAAGUGCUAACUUUGAUUAAUAAAAAAAAGUCACAUCCUUAACUAAAAAAAUAUUGAAAAGUUUUGUGCAAUCUCCUAAUUUCAACAACUGAACAUCAAAUCCUAAUAACUGAAGAUGAGAAAAGUUUUGUCAUGAGAACAACAAAGAUUUAGUGGCAUGGUUUAUUAGGAUUGAUAAUGGUAUGAAGAUAAUUCAUUGUGUUCUUUAUAUAUAUUUUUGUUCAAAAUAAAUAUCUAAUAUUCCGUUGUUGUGAUAUCUGUUGUUUUUAUAAUGUUCCUGGGCCUUGCUCUAGUCUAGUUUGCAUACUUUAUAUAAUGGUUUCAAAGAAGUCUGAAAGAUUAACCAAUUAAGUUUCGUCUCGUCAAAUAUUGUAUUUGUAUGCUAAAAAGUGAACCCUUUUGGUCUAUUUAGUACUCCAUUACGCCAAACAAAGAGAUAUGGGGUUCUUCACAGUGCUCUCUACACCACUCUGCCUCCUUUUCUUCUUCCUCUGUCUUAAAACUACCUUCUCAUCCUUUUUACAUGCUUCUUCCUUUUCAACAACACAGCUCUGCUCUCAUCAGGAGGCUCUUGCUUUGCUGCAAUUCAAGACUUCCUUUUCCAUCAAUAGCAUUGCUUCUGAUCCUGAAAUAUGUCAUGUAAUCGCCCUUGAUCUCAGCUGCAGUCUCCUUUCUGGUAUCUUUCCUUCCAACAGCACUCUUUUCUUCCUCAAAAACCUGCAAAGCCUCAAUCUUGCCUUGAAUGAUUUUAGGCUUUCCAAGAUUCCACCAGAAAUCAGUCAAUUUACUAGACUAAAGCAUCUUGAUAUCUCUUCUUCUUGGUUUUCGGGCCAAGUUCCAGCAGAAAUUGCUCACCUCCCCAAAAAUCUUGUUCACAACUUGAGUGAGGUGAGAGAACUUGUGCUUAAUGGAGUGAACAUGACAUCUGUUAAUCCUCUUUCCUUCAUGAAUCUCUCUUCUUCUUUAACUACACUUCGUCUUUCCAAGAAUGAGUUAAGAGGAAAUUUUCCAAACACUAUUUUCCACUUUCCAAAUCUCAAGAGAUUUAUUUUAGGUGGAGAGGGAAACCUUGCUAUUGAUCUUCCAAGUUCCAAUUGGAGCAGUCCUCUCCAACAUUUGGAUUUAGAUGUCAUGUAUUGCGGAAGGAGAUUGCAAGAGUCCAUAGGAGAUCUAAAGUCAUUACAAUUUCUAGGUCUCAAGUGCAACUUUGAAGGUUCCAUUCCAGCUUCAAUAGGGAGCUUAUCCCAACUUACUUACCUAGGCCUCUAUUCUAGCAAUCUUAGCGGACAAAUCCCAUCAUCACUUGCAAACCUCACACAACUUCGCUCACUUGUCCUUUCAAAUAAUCAACUUUCUGGUCCCAUUCCACCUUUCAUAGGGAACUCCCAACUUACUUAUCUAAGCCUCCCUUCUAACAAUCUUGGCGAACAAAUCCCAUCAUCGCUUGCAAACCUCACACAACUUAUCUUUCUUAACCUUGCAGAGAAUCAGUUUUCUGGUUCCAUUCCAGCUUUCAUAGGGAGCUUAUCCCAACUUACUUCCCUAGACCUCUUUUCUAACAAUCUUAGUGGACAAAUCCCAUCAUCACUUGCAAACCUCACACAACUUGACUUACUCGACCUUUCAAUUAAUCAGCUAUCUGGUCCCAUUCCAGCUUUCAUGGGAAACUUAUCCAAACUUAUUCUCUUUUCUAACAAUCUUAGUGGACAAAUCCCAUCAUCACUUGCAAAUCUCACACAACUUUGCGUUCUCCACCUUUCAAAUAAUCAGAUUUCUGGUCCCAUUCCAGCUUUCAUAGGGAACUUAUCCCAACUUACUUAUCUAAGCCUCUCUUCUAACAAUCUUAGCGGACAAAUCCCAUCAUCACUUGCAAACCUUACACAACUUGGCUUGUUUGACCUUUCACAUAAUCAGUUUUCUGGUCCCAUUCCUUUUCAUGCAACAAAUCAUCUCAGUGAUUUAGUAGUGGUAUCUGACAUGUUCUCAAGACUUCAGAAUCUGAAAACCAUCAUUCUUUCAUACAAUAAUCUGUCUUUGAGAAACAAUGUUGAUGCCGACUUCACAUUACCUGAACUAACCUAUUUGGACUUAUCUUCUUGUAGCUUGAGUGAAUUCCCCAAUUUCUUAAGACAUUCAAAUGGUCUAAGAAGCCUAUUGCUAUCCAAAAAUAGCAUUAAUGGCAAUAUUCCUGAAUGGAUAUGUGAAAAGGAUCUCAUGAUUUUUGACCUUUCUCAUAACAAUUUAAGCGGGAAGAUUCCAAAUUGUCUUCCCAAGUCUCUCUCAGUGUUGAAUUUGCAGGGCAAUAACUUUGAUGGAAAUAUACCAUUUGGGUUUUCAGAGGGCUGUGGCUUACAAAAUCUCAACUUGCAUGGAAAUCAAAUGGACGGGCUAUUACCAAGAUCUUUGGUGAAUUGUAGCAUGUUAGAGGUUCUAGAUGUUGGCAACAACAACAUAAGUGAUACAUUCCCUCAUUGGUUGGAAUCUCUACCAGAGCUUCAAGUGCUUGUCUUAAGGUCCAACAAGUUUCAUGGUUUCGUGCAUAGCACCAAAGAAGGUCCAUCUUUUCCCAAGUUGCGAGUUCUGGACCUCUCCAGCAAUUGUUUUGUUGGUGCUUUGCCUGUUCAUUACAUUGAAAAUUUUAAUGUGAUGAUGGAGCCUCAUAUAGAUGAUGGUCCCCCUGAAUACAUGACGAUGAGAAACGGUUCUUAUCAAUAUUCACUGGUAGUGAUAAUGAAAGGAUUUGAGUAUGAGCUGCAGAGAAUCUUGACCAUAUUCACUAGCAUUGAUCUCUCAAAUAACAAGUUUGGAGGAGAAAUUCCAGAUGUUAUCGGAAAGCUUAGUUCUCUUAAAGGGCUUAAUCUUUCUCAUAACAACUUUAUUGGUCCUAUCUCACCGUCACUAGGGAAUUUGACAAACCUCGAGUGGUUGGAUCUCUCUUCCAACGAGCUGGUAGGGGAAAUUCCAAAUGAGUUGGUAUCUUUGACACAACUUUCUGUAUUAAAUUUUUCAAAUAAUCAUCUUGUUGGACGCAUACCACAAGGCAAUCAGUUCAACACCUUUGGAAAUGAUUCUUAUGAAGGAAACCUUGGACUCUGUGGAAUUCCAUUAUCAAAAUCUUGUGAUGGAAAUGGGACACAGCUGAGCUCCUUCCAAGAAAAAGAUGAGUUGUGGAGAUUUGGCUGGAAAGCUGUGGUGUUAGGCUAUGGAUGUGGAGUUGUUUUUGGACUGUUGAUGGGAUAUCAUGUUUUCCGAACAGGAAAACCAAAAUGGUUUGUGUCUUUGUUUGAUGGCCGAACAAGUCAAAGUGGAAGGAGGAUGAGGAAAGCCAGAAGACUUGUUCCGGGCAGAAGCUAGUUGCAGAGUUGAUGUCUUAGACCUUCUGAUUUAAUGUGUCCUGAACAGGUGCUUUUUGGGUUUGAAGUUCUUGUUAUGUUUAGCAUUGGCUUGUAUAAAAUUGUCAGCCUUCUCUUGGCUUUAUGAUGCUUUGUAAUUUUGUCUUUCUUUGUUGUAAAAUGUAUUUGAAGGUUCAAGCUGUUAAUCUUUCUCUGUUAAUGUACUUCCUUCAACGGGUUGGUAUCAAUCUAGUAGCGAGGGUAUCUCAAAUUUCGUUCUUUACAGUUUUGUUCUUGAGAUUCCCAUUAGCACAGUCAUAAAAAUGAUUGCUUUAC